UAAAAGGAGCCGAAGCCAUCGGGGCCGUUCGGUUUAACUCGGGCGAAUUUAUUCCGACAGACCCGCACCGUAGUCCGCAAUAAUAUAUACUGCGUUCACCGCACAAACAUUUACAAGAGUGAAACGGCGCUUUCAUUCAUUCGAAGGUUUUUGGAAACACCUAGAAGACGAAACGGUGAUGCUAAUCCAGAUUAGAUAACCCGGUAUUUGAUAGGUUGUAGGUGAGACGAUACCAGCAAACACUUUCAGAGUUAUAGGUGUGCUCAAUUAAUUCGUCCCCAGCUUUUUUUUUUCUAUUUACCUUGCGCAAGGACGAUUUCAUCGAUUUGCUCCAACGUGGGAUGCUCAAAAAAGAUUUGAUUGAAGAAGCAGCUGAAAAAAAUUAGGGGUUAGGCCAAAUUUAAGGUGGGGGAACGGACAAUCCUCCAACAUUUUGAGUAGUCCCAACGGGGUUGACUAACUCGCAAUUUAAAGACACUUAAUUCAAGGAAAAGUAAAGGAGUGCGGAGUCGUCCACAUGAGCGCCGCAAGAACAGAGAACCCAAUUAUUUUGGGCUUGUCCAACCAGAAUGGACAGAUGCGGGGCUCGGUGAAGCCUGCCGGGGGCCCUGGAGGAGGAGGAGGUGGUGGAAGUCAGCAUCAACCAAGCCAGAUUAAGACCUCCUGCACAAUCAACAAUGGCAGCUCCCAGCCCACCACAACAGCCAACACGGUCAUCAAGCCCGGAGAUGAUUGGAAGAAAAAUUUGAAGCUACCUCCAAAAGACACGAGGAUGAGAACUUCUGAUGUUACAGCAACUAAAGGCAAUGAGUUUGAAGACUACUGCCUGAAGAGGGAGCUUCUCAUGGGCAUCUUCGAGAUGGGCUGGGAGAAACCGUCUCCCAUCCAGGAGGAGAGCAUCCCCAUUGCACUAUCAGGACGGGACAUCUUGGCCCGAGCCAAGAACGGCACAGGAAAGAGUGGGGCCUACCUCAUCCCCUUACUGGAACGCAUCGACCUGAAGAGGGACUGCAUACAAGCGGUGGGCAUCGUGCCGACCAGAGAACUGGCCCUACAGGUGAGCCAGAUCUGCAUCCAGGUCGGCAAACACAUGGGCGGGGUGAAGGUCAUGGCAACGACGGGUGGCACUAACCUCCGCGAUGACAUCAUGAGGCUUGACGAAACAGUGCACGUGAUCAUCGCAACCCCUGGGAGAAUCUUGGACUUAAUCAAGAAAGGAGUGGCCAAGGUCAACCAAGUGCAGAUGGUCGUUCUGGAUGAGGCUGACAAGUUGCUGUCUCAGGACUUCAUGGCGAUGAUGGAGGAGAUGCUGAGCUUCUUGCCCAAACAGAGGCAGAUCCUGCUCUAUUCAGCCACCUUCCCUCUCAGCGUUCAGAAGUUCAUGAAUGCUUACUUGCAGAAGCCUUAUGAGAUCAACCUGAUGGAGGAGCUGACCCUGAAGGGAGUCACCCAGUACUACGCCUACGUGACCGAGCGGCAGAAGGUCCACUGCCUCAACACGUUGUUCUCACGGCUCCAAAUUAACCAGUCCAUCAUCUUCUGCAACUCCUCUCAGCGAGUCGAGCUCCUUGCCAAGAAGAUCUCCCAGCUGGGCUACUCGUGCUUCUACAUCCACGCCAAGAUGAGACAGGAGCACAGGAACCGCGUCUUCCACGACUUCAGGAACGGACUCUGCCGGAACCUCGUCUGCACUGACCUCUUCACGAGAGGCAUCGACAUUCAGGCGGUGAACGUCGUCAUCAACUUUGACUUCCCCAAGCUGGGCGAGACCUACCUUCACCGCAUCGGCAGAUCAGGUCGUUUCGGACACCUCGGUCUGGCCAUCAACCUGAUUACGUACGACGACCGCUUCAAUCUGAAGGGCAUCGAGGAGCAGCUCGGGACGGAGAUCAAGCCCAUCCCCGGCAUCAUCGACAAGAGCCUCUACGUGGCGGAGUACCACAGUGAGGGCGGGGAGGAGGGCAAGCUGUGAGCAGAUCCAUCUCCAACCCCUCAACACCCCUCAACACCCCUCAACACCCCUCAACACCCCUCAACACCCCUCAACACCCCUCCCAUCCCACAAACACCCCGCCUACCCGCGUCCCUUUCCACGCUAUCUCGGCCAUCUUUCCCUUUAUAUUUCCUUCCCCGUUCCUUUUUUUAAAUGUACAGCUUGCGUCUGUCUUUAUUUGCUGUGGUGCCACCAUGAGGCUUGUGUACGCUGGAUGUGACGAGUAUAAACCGUUCCUUUCUGCUGCAGAACACUGACAAUAUGAGCGCUGGGAGAGGGGAGGAAAGCACUGGGGGGAACCCAGUGGGGAAAAGAACAACAAAACUCUAGACGCACAUCUAAUACCACAAUCCAUAUCCACUCGCGCCCAGACCCCUCACCCAACCAACCGACUGCUACGCCCCCUACCUUCCAUCCGCCGCUCUGCAGUCUUGCGUUCCCUCUUUCAUAUGACUUGGAAGAGAUUUUAAGGAUUUGUAUCAAGUGCCUUACCAAGCAGUAACUUGUUCAGAAGUAAUAACCCAACCGUCCUGCAUCCUGUCUGCCCCCUUCCGACACUUCCUUCCGCUCACAAACCUCAAGUUCGCCUACGGGGAGAAAAUCAACCCCACCCCCCCCCCACACCACUUCUAUAGUGACUCCACGACAGCGUAUCCCCCCCCCCCCAAAAAAACCAUCUUCCUGGUGACUCUGAGGCAGAAACAAUCCAUUCAGGGGUCCGCAUCACCUCCGAAGGCUUGGUGGCGGUGCAGGCGUCCGGCGGCCAGAGGAACACUAACAUGGAAUAUCUUCGUUUACGGAGAUGCAGUCGUUCCAUUAAUAAGAAGAGAUAUCCUAAGCGGCUGCCAGGAACUGUCCUGUAGCAUCAAGGAGAAGGUGUGCUCAUGGAGAAACAACAGGCUCUGGUCCAUACCUCCUCUCGUCCUCGCGACGCAACACUAAGACUUGAUGAGCACCCUGCGAACGUCGGAGCGUGGAUUCCUGUCUCCCGUUAUUGGUUCCCCCCCCCACACUUCUCUCCCCCCCCCCCCCCUAACCCACCCUGAACUCAGAGCUGUGCCACUGACUUGAGGCACUCCCAUGAAGCCUUGUAUAUACCUUAUUUCAUUUUAAAAAGAUUGUUUUUAAGCAAGUUUCAAAGGCUGGCUGACGAGAGGUUUUGUUUUUGUUUUAACCUGUUGAUUUAGACCUCGAUGAUGGCGACUGUCCCAGUAACCUCCCUUGGUCCCAAACAUUGGCCCCUUUAUUUAUCCUUUUAGACAUGGCACACUUCAUUAGUGACUUCAACCUAAUUUUUAUCUCGUGCAUGAACCGUUUUGAAAGAAGGUACAAUUUCAAACUGACCUGUAGCCCAUCUGAAUCUGGUGGCAAAGUGCAAUGUUUAAAACAGAAAAAAAUAAGAGCUGCACUUUUAUUUUCCUUAAGUAACGGCCCUUCAUGACCUUUGUGUUGCCAGUGUUAACGGAGUUAACAUUGUAGACGGACGGUGCUGAUAAGCUGAUGUGCGUAACGAUAACCUGUUUGUUUGUUUGUUUGGUCACCAGCCUUUGCUUGUUAAACUUGACAUAUAUAGCGCACGCCAGACGGCGCGAGCGUCGGUUCCUCCUGACAGAAUAUCGUGCCGUGUUGUAGGACUACUUGCUGCAGUGCAGCAGAGCCUGAUCAUUUCUGUUUAGUAUUCGGGCAGUUAUAAGCUGUUACCUUGAUCUCUGGUACAUUAUGUUUGGGAGAAGAUAAUGCUCCCGUUUUCAAGAAUGUUUUAGUGUACCACAAAAAAAAGCAACGCAUCGAACCCAAGUUGUAGCAGGAAUUCAGCCUCCGUGCUGAGGGUCUCCUAAAGUGAGCCAUUUCGGCAGAGGAUGCUGCACAAACAAAUGGGUUGGGGGUGGGGUGGGGUGGAGCGGGCCACACCGGAGUACACGUCUGUGGGUUCAGGCAACCCACUGACGAGACGCCACUGCUUCUUGUUAAACGGUAUAAAGAGGUGUGUUUUGUUGUGGGGUGGGCGUACUGGGCAGGAAGGAGUACCAAAUUUAUCUUUGAGACACUAUUCCGGCUUCUCAUCCUUCUGCCCAGUCCUGGGUAUCGUAGCUCGGGUAUUACACAUUAAAAGUCUGCAUUUAUUUUGUUUUCCAAUUGGAACCUUUUCAGAAUACCAAUUAGGCUCCCUUUCCAACAGAGUUGGUGAGUUGCUCUUUUAUUUAUUUUCUGGGUUCUAAUCGAUGAGAAGUAAUUGCACACCUAAUUUAUUGAACCCCUUGAGAGCGUCACCAGGUUUCUCAGGGUGGCCUGUUAUCCAACGCUUCUCAAUGGUUAGAGCCGGAUCCCUGUUCCCUCUCUUUACCAGUCUCCCAAGUGUCAACAUUUCCUAUUUGGCCGUUUUUGUUUGUUUUAUUUUGUUGGGGGGGAGGGGGGGGGGGGGCGCUAAUGUAAUUUGGUAAGUUUUAAAAUGUAUGAAAUGUUUGACUGGACGAGGGAGCGGGGAGCCAACACCAGACACUUGGCAGCCGUCUGUUUAUUAGACCAUUGGUGUUGUCAGCAACUGAAUGCCUUGACCUUGUUUUUAAACUAAUCCCUUGGGUCUUAGUUUAGUGUACUAGGUUUUGGUUGGAUGUUGCUUUACUUCCAAUGGUUGACGGGGAGGGGCUUUGAUGCAUCUUAAAGACUGAGACGAGAGCAUCUCGCCUUUGAUUGGCUGACCACAUUUGAAUAGUUUUUGUGCAAUACAACGGUCUCAUUCUUUAAGAUGUACAUUUAAAUUUAAGGGUGGGUCAAAUUCGGCUGCUGCCCUGAUGCAGGUUUCAACACUUAAAAUGUAGAACACAAUAAAAGGUGAAGAUUGACUCACUAGUCCAGUAGAGGUGAAGGCUCCUUUUCGGUUAGUUUGUUUGAUUCCUGCAUCAGUAAAACCACGCAGGGAGGGGCCCUUCGGGCAUUUUGAACCAGAAAACGCAAUAGAAGAGACAAAAAUGAAGUUCUCAAGUUCUCAAAACAUGUUUCACAAAAUAUCUGCCCUUGAAUUUGGAGGAAUUUUGUUUCAAAUAAUGGCGUUUCAUUGGAAAUACCUUGCUACAAAAAGGAAACCAAAUUUAAGCGUUUUGUUUUCUUCUUCGGAAUUCGCACUUUAGUUAAUUGGCAAUUCUUCAGUGGAGCGAAUUUUACUAAUGACCUGUGUUCAAAAUAAGUUAUGGUUAUUGGAAGUCAUUAAACGUUUAUGUUGACAUAAUAAAGCUCACUGAACUUAAA